GGGAAUGCAAGUAUAAAGGAAUCAUUUAGUGGAAUGUAGAAACUUUUACUUUUGUGCAAUUUACUUUGGGCUUAUUAUAGAAAUGGGAUUACAUUAACAUCCUAAAUGACAGCAGAUGAAACAACUCUGAAAAGUGCGUGGUUUUACAGCAGCCAACUGAAAUAACAGAUUAGUGCCUGGCUGGAAGGUUUGGCUUUGACUAUUCUCUCGUUGUGAUUAUUUAUCAAUGAAGUAGAGCUGGGCUUCUUUGCUUUUAACCACAGGGAGUGUGGUAGUAUUCCUCAACAAGCGUGUGAGAACAGGUCCACAUGCGCAGUCCAACCAUGAUGGAAGAAGAUAUCGAAGUGGCCAUCAAAGUGGUGGUUGUUGGCAAUGGGGCUGUUGGUAAAUCGAGCAUGAUACAGCGGUACUGCAAGGGUAUUUUCACCAAGGACUACAAGAAAACCAUUGGGGUGGACUUUCUGGAAAGACAGAUUCAAGUUAAUGAUGAGGAUGUCAGAUUAAUGUUAUGGGAUACAGCAGGCCAAGAGGAAUUUGAUGCUAUCACAAAAGCCUACUAUAGAGGUGCUCAGGCAUGUGUGCUGGUGUUCUCCACCACUGAUAGAGAGUCUUUUGAGGCUAUCUCAAGUUGGAAGGAGAAAGUUGAGGCUGAAGUUGGGGAUAUCCCUACCGUUCUGGUACAGAACAAAAUAGACCUCCUGGAUGAAACUGUACUUAAAAAUGAAGAAGCAGAGGCUCUCGCUAAAAGGUUGAAGCUAAGAUUUUAUCGGGCUUCUGUGAAGGAGGAUUUGAAUGUCAAUGAAGUUUUCAAGUACCUGGCCGAGAAGUACCUUCAGCGACUUAAACAGCAAACCACUGAAGAAGAACAAGUGCACACAACAAGCAAUCGCAUAGGAGUAUUUAACACGGCUGGUGGCAGUCACUCUGGCCAGAACACAAGCACGAUAAAUGGUGGCGAGGUUAUCAGCCUUCGGCCGAACAAGCAAAGAACCAAGAAGAACAGAAGUCUCAUGGGCCGCUGCGGGAGACUGUAGCUAUUCCCUUGCACUGCAGAGUCGAAGUUCACCGUGUGUACAACUGUUCCGAUCAGUAAGAGGGUUUUUAAUUUAGAUAUUCUGAAGCAUCAGUGGUAGGUAAUAAUUACAGACAAUGCAGUACUUGGCUAACCGACAGCUCUGCUCGUGUGGAGGCUUUCAGAAAGCAAAUCACUUAAUGGAUUGGAAUUUGUUUAGAGAGGGUGUGUUGGUUUAAGACAGCAUUAUCCGUCUGUGAACGGAAUGGACAAUCAUUGGUUUGUCUGAUUGCUGCAGCUUUGUGUGGGUUGCUCCAAGUUUGUAGAUUUGUUUGCAAGUUGGUCACCUGCUACAUUCUGAAAUCAGUGCGCUCGACUUGUGACUUCAGCCAGACCGACAGUUCUGUCUAACGGGAGAGUAGCAAUGAGAGUAAUGUGAUUGGUUGGCAAGAGCCACAUUCAAAAGAAAGGGUAGUCCAGACACCGGAUCGAGAAUCACCAGUCCAGCUGACAAUGCUGUCCUUUAGGGAAUUUACCUUUUCAAAGAAAAACAUUGCAAUGAAUUAUGAAAAUCUAUUGUCAUUUGAACAGAUAUAACGUAAACAUUGCCAUUUGUGCUUUACAUUUGUGGUUGUUAAUUGUCGGAACUAAUUCUGAUGAAUUGUGCAAUAUUUCAGUGUUGACUGCAGCCUGGAGAAGGAUAUUUUGCUACUAGUAGAUUUUUUUUUCAUAUUCAGAUGUUUUGAGUUGAUUGUUUGGAUAAUUUGUAUAUAAAAAAGAGUAUUGCCUUUUGAUAUUCAAAUGUUUGUAUUCUUAAAUUUGCUGAUUGUCUGCAUAAGACAUUUUUUUUCUAUUGAAUAUGUAAUCAUGUGUGUUGGUUGUGUGCAUGCAACAUCAGCAUCAUUUCCUGAAAGGGCCUCCUUACACAGAGCAAGAGUUUGCACGAGUGCCAAGUCAGUACUGCAAUUAUCGCCUUUGCCUUUCAUUGUCCUCACAAGAGCAUAAGAAAUCCCAUACUGGGUCCCUAAAUGACCUGUAGCAGGUGGCUUUAUCUGAAGUUGCUAUGCUUGCUGAAAACACUACAAUAAUCCUACCACUCUGUCUAGCCAGGAAUCUCAUGUUCAUGACUGAAUGAUUAUUGUUUUUCUAUUACUUGUCAUUGCAGGCUUCUUAGUGGGAUUAUAUUAUUUAAAAAAAACAAAAUAUUGGAAACACUUAACAGGUCAGGCAACAUCUGUGGAAAGGGUGUUCAACCUGAAACGUUAACACUGUUUCUCUCUCCAUGGAUGUUUCCUGACCUUCCAAGUACUUCCAGCAUUUUCCGUUUUUAUUUCAGAUUUCUAGCAUCUGCUGUUGUUGAUUUUCUUGGGGUUGUCUUACUGCGGUGAAUGGAUGACACUUGAAGGUGAGGUUUGUGAAUCUGAGCACUACCUGAACAUUUUCUGUGCACUUAGCCUAAAUUGGAAUGUGAAGAAAAAGCAGACAGGAGAGAGGCCAGCUGGAACGGCAAGCCCAUGAUAUAGAUCUCCACAACCAUACGCAAUCCUCCUUCCUGACAGGUGAGAGAAAUCAGCGGAACGCUUUACAGCACCAGCGACUCGGGUUCAAAUCCAGCCACUGUCUAUAAGGAGUUUGUACAUUCUCCUCGUGUCUGCAUGGGUUUUCUCUCCGGGUGCUCCGGGUUCCUCCCAUAUUCCAAAGACGUACGGGUUAGGAAGUUGUGGGCAUGCUAUGUUGGUGCCAGAAGCGUGGCGAGACUUGUGGGCUGCCCCCAGAACACUACGCAAAAAGAGUAUUUCACUGUGUGUUUCGAUGUACAUGUGA